AUUCCGAUCGGCAAUUAGCCCCAAAUCGUGGGGUUGGGGUUUCCUCACCAUCAAUGGAUUCGAAUUCGAUCGACGACGAUGCCGUAUCGGGCUCGAGGCUCUGCCUAAACGACCCGUUUACGGACGACGAGCUGCGUUCGAUUCUGUCGGGGAGCAUGCGGAACCGGAUCUUGGAUUGGGCUGAGAUCUUGAUGGGUCUGGAAGACAAUUCCAUUGAGUUCGGGUUUCAGGUGCCGGAAUCGGAACGGUACGUCGGAAAUCCGGAGGAUUAUGUGGAUGCGGCGGAGUUUGAGGCGUUGCUGCAGACGCUGGGGGAGAGCGACGAAAGUGGGAGGAGGGGAGCCCCGCCGGCGUCGAAGUCGGCGGUGGAAGCGUUACCGACGGUGAAGAUUGCGUCAGAGAGUGAGGCUGUGGAAUGUGCUAUUUGUAAGGAUUUGAUGGGUGUUGGAGAGGUGGCUAAGAAAAUGCCUUGUGGGCAUGAGUACCAUGGAGAUUGUAUUGUUCCUUGGUUGAGUUGCAGAAAUUCUUGUCCUGUCUGUAGGUUUGAGCUCCCAACGGAUGAUAAGGAAUAUGAGGAAGACAGGGUGGUGGUCAACCCUUCUAAUGGGGCAGGGUCUUGGGUUUCGGGUUCGGGUGGAGAUUCCACCAUUUGAUUCCCGCGUGGUAUGUUCUGUUCUGUUCUGUUCUGCCAUUUGUGUAAUAUAUUUCGUGCUUUCUAUCUUCUUUUGUGAACUUCUUUAUUAGUGGAUUUUUAUCAAACUUGUACAGUUUUAUUUAUUUGAAGUUUUUAUCUAGUUUGCUUCUUAGCUCUUAGAUGCUAAGAUACUUGUAUAUAACAUUUGGAUCAAUAUGAUCACACUACUUCAAUGGGAUUUUCUGUUUC